AUGUCACGGCGCAUACUGCUGCCAGCUCCAAAGCCUUUGUCCUAUGUUCAGACUCGACGCAUGUGCACUUUUAGUCUACUGAACCGGUUGCAGAGAAGACCGUUUAACGGUAAAAUCGCGAAAAUCGGAUUUUAUACGGUUGAACACGUUUCACCCGUAUCAUUGGCCUCUACCCUUCUCGAGGAGGAGGGGCUGUCUCCUAAUUCAGUAACCCCAAUGUACAUGUGUGGUCUCACAACAAGAGCAGUUGGUGGUGACGUGGCAGUACUGGGUGCUCACUUGGGUAGCUGCUACUUGAUGGGCCUGUGGACAGGGAGCUCAAUUGGAGGUGGAAGGGAGCGAUCAGUGCAAAUGAGUUGUAAUGCAGUGUACAACUCAUUAUAUGACCAUACCUCAUGGGUGUCCACUGUCGACAUGCUGGGACCUGGAUUCCCUGCCAUUCGUUGGUUCGCCACAUCCUCACAGGGUUUUCUACGUCCUCGCACUGUUCCUGAUAUUGCUGGUGGGAUGACUAUUGAAAGUGUCUAA